AUGAAUUCAGAACAUCUCGAAGGUCCUAAAAGCGCUUGUCGGUUGUCGGGACACACGCGCACUUAAAGAUGGCAAAAAUUUGGAAUGUUUUUGUGUUUUUGCUGCUCGUCUUGGCGGGAGGACGCGCUGCCGAGGGGCCGAUCAGCGGCUCGUGCGUCGGUACGCGGUGUGACGUCAUCCACCAACAAUUCGGCGACUUUGCGAGCGCGCAUAAGCGCUGCAUAGAACAAAACGGCCACUUAGCGAGCGUGCGCUCGGCCGCGUCACUUGACAGACUCUCGGCGCUCCUCCGCAACGUUUCAGGCUCCUUCUGGGUCGGUCUGCAGAGUCCCAGCGGAUGCCCGGAUGUGACGUCCGCCCUCCGAAGCUACGAGUGGCCGACGAACGAAAGUGAAAGUGUUUCGGACACUCUUGACCGCAGCUGCAUCUCUCCAGGUUGCGUCACCGUGACCGCGGAGGGGGGCUUCCAGUGGGAGCAAGAGGCCAGCUGUGACGAGCCAGUCAGCGGCUUCGUGUGCACGCACAACUUCAGCUACGCGUGCACGCGCCUGGCGGACGGCGACGUCAGGUACGACACCCCCUUGGGCUUUGGGGGGGAGGAGCUUCUCUCCCUGCCGCCCGGAAGUACCGCAACUCGGAUGCCGAGCGAGCGGAAGUUCGUGUGCUUCUCCAAAAAGUGGCUUCCUGCUCCGUGGAGCUGCGAGAUCUUCCAGGGAGGCUGCGAGCACGCAUGCGUACACGUGGGUCCUGACCGGAAGCCAUCCUGCUUCUGCCCGCCCGGCCUCUCCGUGGACCCGCUCAACAAAGUCACGUGCACCAAGAACCCGGACGACCCGUGCGCGCGUCUGGGCUGCGAGCACGCCUGCGUGGAGGACCCGCGCGGCGCCCACUCGUGCACGUGCACGCACGGUUUCAGACUGGCACCCGACGGACGCACGUGCGUGGACUUUAACGAGUGCUCGGACGCGCGCCAGUGUCCCGGCGAGAACUUCCGGUGCGUGGACAGCCCGGGCGGCUUCAAGUGCGCGUGCGCGGACGGCUUCAAGCUGACGGGCGGCACGUGCGCGGACCAGGACGAGUGCGCGUCGGCGCCCUGCGAGCACGUGUGCCACAACACCGCCGGAAGUUACCUGUGCUUGUGCUACGAGGGCUACGUCCUGCGCGGGAACAGCUGCAAGCUGCACUGCGGCAAAGAAGAGUGCCCCGCAGAGUGCGACCCCAACAACAGGUACCAGUGCGCGUGCGCUGACGGCUACAUCGCCGAGGAGCGAGAGCAGCACACCGCGUGCAUCGACAUCGACGAGUGCGUCUUCUCCUACUGCGACCAGCUGUGCCGCAACACCUUCGGCUCCUUCACCUGCUCCUGCCGCCCGGGCUUCACCUUGACCAAGGAGGUGUUCUGCGCGCGCAGCGAGGACGAGGACGAGGACUGGGAGGGUUCCGGUCAGGCCACCGCCGGCCCCGACCGUCACGUGACCCCGCCCGCUCCCACACAGCGGCCCUCGACGCUCUCGCCGGGCGGACUGGCGGCCAUCUUGCUCUGCUGCACGCUGGCGGUGGUGUUGCUGGUCCUCCUGGUCCACUUAGUCUGCUGCAAACGCAGCCGAGUGGAACGGGACCUCGUGAUGGAAGCGGCGGGAGCAGACUCCCGCAAGAUGGAGGCGGACGCUUGACGCAAAGGAGUGUGGGUAUCCAAUGUAAACGCGCUCUCCUCGCGGUUCAUUGCUCACAUUCAGCUCAUUUUCACCACAUUGGAAUGUUGGCUCCACAUUUUCUAUCUAAAUGUAAUAUUUUGACCUAAACCUAAACAUUUUGACCUAAACCUAAAUAUACAUCCAUCCAUUUUCUACCGCUUGUCCCUUUUGGGGUCGCGGGUGGUGCCGGAGCCUAUCUCAGCUGCAUUCGGGCGGAAGGCGGUGUACACCCUGGACAAGUCGCCACCUCAUCACAGGGCCAACACAGAUAGACAGACAACAUUCACACUCACAUUCAGACACUAGGGGCCAUUUAGUGUUGCCAAUCAACCUAUCCCCAGGUGCAUGUCUUUAGAGGUGGGAACCCGGAGGGAACCCACGCAGUCACGGGGAGAACAUGCAAACUCCACACAGAAAGAUCCCGAGCGCAGGAUCGAACUCAGGACUACUCAGGACCUUCGUAUUGUGAGGCACAUGCACUAACCCCUGUACCACCGUGCUGCCUACAUUUGCUACAUUUUAAACCUAAAUGGCAAAUCUAAACCUAAAUGUUAAAUCUAAAUCUAAAUGUUAAAUUUAAGUUUACAUGUAAAAAUUCUAUCUAAAUGGCCAAUCUAAACCUAAAUAUUAAAUCUAAAUGUUAAAUUCAAACCUAAAUAACAAAUCUAAACCUAAAUAUUAAAUCUAAAUCUUAAUGUUAAAUGUCUACCUAAAUGGCAAAUCUAAACCUAAAUGUUAAAUCAAAAUGUUACAUUUCUACCUAAAUGGAAAAUCUAAAUUUAAAUGUUAAAUCAAAAUGUUACAUUUCUACCUAAAUGACAAAUGUAAACCUAAAUGUUACAUUUUAAACCUAAAUGGCAUAUCUAAAUCUAAAUCCAAAUGCUAAAUCUAAAUGUUAAAUUCAAACCUAAAUGGCAAAUCUAAACCUAAAUAUUAAAUCUAAAUCUUAAAGUUAAAUGUCUACCUAAAUGGCAAAUUUAAACCUAAAUGUUAAAUCAAAAUGUUACAUUUCUACCUAAAUAGCAAAUCUAAACCUAAAUGUUAAAUCAAAAUGUUACAUUUUUACCUAAGUGGAAAAUCAAAAUUUAAAUGUUAAAUCAAAAUGUUACAUUUCUACCUAAAUGACAAAUGUAAACCUAAAUGUUACAUUUUAAACCUAA